AUUGUCUUGAAAUGCCAACAGUUGAGCCAUGAGAAAAGCUGUCAAAAUAAGGGUCAAGUUUUGGAUAUUUUAGUCGAGUGUGAAUUCACACUUGUCCUGGUUUACUGCAUUGGUAUUUGUUCAGUAGUAAAUUACAAGUUUACUUUUCAGUCUGCGAUACCUUUAAACCAAUGUCCUUGACAACUUUUCCUAAAUGUCCAGACAAUGGUGGAGUCUCUGGCCGCAAAGUAUCGGUCAGAGUCAACAUUUUUCCUAUUACCAAGCUUCCUGAUAUAUUUGUAUAUCAGUAUGAUGUAGCAUUCAGUCCAGAUGACAUUCCACCGUCAAAGGCUCGUCGAGCUUGGAAGGUGUUUGAAAGUCAUAUUAUGAAAGCUGUCAGUUCAAAGUGCUUUAUGGUUUAUGAUGGUCGCAAGAUUGCAUAUUCGGCAUUUGAUAUGCCUGAUCAGACACUCACUAUUGAUGUUCCUAAAGAGGAUGUUCUUGUAAUUCCUCCACUUGAUUAUGGUGGUGGUCGGGAUACGUUUGAUGGUGGUCGUGGUGGUCGAGGUGGUGGUCGAGGUGGUCGUGGUGGUGGUCGUGGAGGGUUUAGCAGUCAACCGCCUCGAACUGUCAUUCAGCUUCCCCCUCCUUCUUUCAAUCCGGUCAUUCAAACAGAACCUCUCAAAAUCACUGUGCGAAAAUCCGUUCGUAUUAGUUUUCAUGAGCUGCUGCUUUUCACUACAGGAAAGGGACCAGAAACUGAAGAGGUCAUGCAUGCUACAUCCGCACUCUCUAUUUUGAUCCGUCAUGUACCUUCUAUGCUGUUUACUCCUGUUGGUGCCAAUUUCUUUACCCCUGAAGGACGUAAGCCUAUUAGCGGUGGUUUGGAGUGCUGGCGUGGAUUUCAUCAGUCAAUCCGUUCUAUGAUGGCUGGACAUCUCGGUAUCAAUAUUGAUGUUGCAUCGACUGUAUUCCGAAAAGGUGAAAUCUCUGCCAUUGACUACUGUCUUGAAACGCUUGGUCUUCGUGAUAUGGAUCAACUGAGUCGUUUGCCUCGUCUUUCUGAGCGAAUCAAUGGUGUUCUCAAGGGAGUGAGUGUUGUUACCAUUCAUCGUGGUGAUCAAAGGCAACGCUUUAAGAUUGGCCGUAUCUCGAGAGAAUCUGCUCGCGAGUUUAAAUUUGCCAACAAAGAGGGUGGUGGUCAAAUGUCUGUCGAGUCUUAUUUCAAAGACAUGAAUGUCAAUCUUCGUUAUCCUACCCUUCCCCUGGCUCUCAAGGCCAAUGGAAAAACUGCAUUCCCACUUGAAGUUCUCAAAAUUGCACCAGCACAGCGAUUCAUGAAGCGUUUGUCUGGUGAUCAGACUUCAGACAUGAUCCGUGCUACUGUUCAACGACCCAAUGAGCGACAAAAGGAAAUUAUGGAUGGCGCAAAUAGUAAGCUGAGAUACAGCAACAACGAUCAUAUCAAAUCGUUUGGCAUGGUUGUGGGCUCUGAGAUGAUGAAUAUCCCUGCUCGAAUUCUACCCGCUCCAAAAGUUAUUUUCAAGAAUAACAAAUCAUUGAAUGGAACUGAUGGCUCAUGGAAUCUGCGUGGUACUCAGCUUGUUUCUGCCCCAGUGCUUGAAAGUGCAGCAUUUAUUUUUUAUGUGCGUAUUUCUGACGGGGAUGCCAAAGCGAUUGCUACUACUUUGUUGUCCAAGUUUGCCGAUACAGGUAUGAACAUCAAAGUGCGCAAUCCUCCUGUUAUUGUCACAAACCCAAAUGUGUUUAGCAACAUUCGUGGAUCUCUCCAGUCUGCAUUCAAAGAAGCUGCUGUCCAGUUUGGCAAGCGCUGUCAACUCAUUUUCUGUGUUUUGGACAAGGAGCCCAAGAGUCUUUAUGAAACCAUCAAGCGCAUAUCGCUAACUGAAGCCGCGGUGAUUACUCAAUGCAUGCUGUUUAAAAAUGUGCGCAGUGCCCAGGAAAUCAAGGAUCAGUAUGCAUGCAAUUUGUGCCUCAAGGCCAAUAUUAAAAUUGGUGGUGCUACCAACUAUGUUGAUCGACUUCCCAAAUUUGAUCGACCUACAAUGCUAUUUGGUGCUGAUGUUACUCAUGCUGCACCUGGAUCUCAAGCUCCCUCUAUUGCAGCGGUAGUUUCGACAGUAGAUAGACAGGCUACAAUAUAUCAUUCCUUUAUUCGGGCUCAGGGUGUUCGUACAGAGGUCAUUCAAGAUAUGGAGAACAUUGCUGGUGAAGCACUCGAGUCGUACAAAAAAACUACCAAGACGUAUCCCAGUCGCAUCUUCUUUUUCCGUGACGGUGUUUCCAGUGGCCAGUUUUCCGAAGUACGCAAUGUGGAGGUGCGAGCACUCCAGGCUGCAUUGACCAAACGCAAUAUAAAAUGUACUCUUACCUUUAUGGUGGUUCAGAAACGCCAUCAUAUUCGCUUGUUCCCUACCGAUCAAAACAAAGAUAGAUCAGAAAACUGUCUUCCUGGAACCGUUGUUUCCACCAGCAUUACCCAUCCAUCCGAAUUUCAGUUUAUUUUGCAAUCUCAUGCUGGACUUCAAGGAAUGUCUCGUCCAACCAUUUAUCAUGUGCUUUAUGAUGACAAUGGCAUGAGCAGCGACGAACUGCAACAACUCUGCUUCAAUCUGUGCUUUUUGGCUGAACGAGCAACUCGAUCUAUUGCAAUGGUCUCACCAGCUUACCGUGCCCAUAUUGCUGCUUAUUACGCUCGCAUGUUUAUUGAAGGAGAGUUUAGCGACACAGGAUCUGUCUCGAGUGGAGGUUCUGGUGAACAAAGCAUCACUUUUAAAAAUGUAGCCGAAUCGAUCCAACAAACCAUGUAUUACAUGUAGAUUUGGUUCAUUUAACUCGCCAUCAUCUUCAUCUAUUCUGCUCAUGCCGUUGCAAACAAAUGAACGUUUUACCGAUGAAA